AUGGGCUCCAUCGCCCAACACCACGCUGCGCCUACGUCACUCGCCAUGUCUGCGCUUCGCCGGCCCCUGCUCCUCAACGAUGCCGCUCAAACUUGGACGGCCCCGACAGCCCUCACUGCCGAGGAGAAGGAUGCCAUUGACAAGUUUCAUGGCCAGUUCCCUGGAGGGCCGACCAGGCUAGUCCGCUUGGACGAUGUCGCCCGCGAGAUCGGCGUGGCGGCAGUCUAUCUCAAAGACGAGAGCCACAGGUUUGGCCUGCCGGCGUUUAAGAUUCUCGGCGCCUCCUGGGGUACAUACCGCGCACUCGUCAAGCGACUCAACCUUCCCAUCGUUACGCCUCUCUCUGCCCUCAAGGAGGCUCUCGCAGCCGAUACAAUCACCCUGUAUGCCGCGAGCGAGGGCAACCAUGGACGAGCUGUUGCUCGAAUGGGCGCGCUGCUCUCCAUCCCUGCAGAGAUCCACGUGCCUCAUGAUAUGCACAGGACGACCAAGGAGGCGCUAGAAAGUGAGGGGGCCAAGGUCGUCGUCGGCCGCGGAACGUAUGAUGACGCGCUCGAGACGGCCAAGAGGGCUGCCGAGGGUGAGGGAGGUUUGUUGGUCCAGGACUUUUCGUUUGAGGGCUACGAAGACAUCCCCAAGUGGAUCGUCGACGGUUACAUGACAAUGCUGCGAGAAAUCGACGUGCAGCUCAAGGACAGCCCUCCAAGCCUUGUAGUGUCUCCGGCGGGAGUCGGCUCCUUUGCCCAAUCCGUUGUCUCCCACUUCAAGCAGGAAGGAAGCCACACAAAGGUCAUGACGGUCGAACCCGACACGGCAGCUUGUGUUUACAAGAGCAUCCGCAAAAACGAGCUUGUCACGGUGCAGACAUACGCGACGGUCAUGGCUGGUCUAGACUGCGGGACACCCUCGCCUAUUGCUUGGCCUAUUCUCAAAGCUGGCGUCGACGCGUGCUCGACAGUCUCAGACUGGGAAGCCCACCAAGCCACGGAAUACCUCAAAACUAGAGGCGUGUUCCCUGGGACGUGCGCUGCUGCACCCCUUGCCGCUGUUCGGCGCUUAACAAAGGGCGACAGGGCCAGCCUCGGGCUUGACAGCAGCUCCGUGGUGGUGCUGCUGUGCACUGAAGGUACUAAGGAGUAUCAGAUCCCGAUGGAUGUGUCGAUGGAUGAUGCCGUGGAGCUGACCCAGGCUCUUGUCCGCAUCAACUCCGCGAACCCAUCACUCGGGUCAGUUCCCGGCCCUGGCGAAUCUGAAAUCGCUCGGUACAUCGGGGCGUGGCUGGAACACCGCGAUAUCGAGACGCACUGGAUCGAACCCACCAAGGGCAGGCCUUCGGUUGUAGGCGUUGUGCGUGGCUCGGGGGGCGGUAAGAGCUUGAUGUUCAACGGCCACAUCGAUACGGUGACGACCCUUGGGUACGACGAUGACCCCCUAAGCGGCGAGAUCAGAGACGGGAAGCUUUACGGCAGGGGCGCGGACGACAUGAAAUCUGGGGUCGCCGCCGCCCUGGUGGCACUCGCUGGAGCGAAGACGCAGAACCUAAGUGGCGAUGUCAUUUUCACCGGCGUCGCAGACGAGGAGGCCUUGAGCAUCGGCACUGAGCAAGUCCUCGAGGCUGGUUGGCGUGCUGAUGGCGCCAUUGUCAACGAGCCGACGGCUGAGGUAAUUGUCCACGCCCACAAGGGUUUCGUUUGGGCCGAGGUGGACAUUCACGGCGUCGCUGCCCAUGGCUCCCUCCCUAGCGCCGGCGUCGAUGCCAUCACGAGAGCCGGCUACUUCCUGGUGGAGCUGGACAAGUACUCAGACAGACUCCGCCAGGGAUGGGACGACCCUGUCAUGGCGCCAACCGUCCAUGCGUCAACCAUCAAAGGCGGCGAGGAGCCGUCCUCGUACCCUGCCCUUUGCACCGUGGUGCUCGAACGACGGACCGUGGGCGGCGAGACCCGGGGGACGGUAGAGGCUGAGCUCCGGGACAUUCUGGACAAGCUCUCGAAGACUGUCAGGGAUUUCCGGUACGACUUGCGGAUCACCUUUGACCGUCCGCCUUUCUCCAUCGACACGGACCAUCCUUUUGCUGCUCUGGUCAGCGGCAUCGUCACUGAAUCACUAGGGAAGCAGGCCAAGUUCAUCAGAGAGCCGUUUUGGACGGACUGCGCUCUCCUGGCGUCCAAAGAUAUCCCCGUCCUCCUUUGGGGUCCCAAGGGGGACGGCCUGCACGCCAAAGAGGAGUGGGCAGAUGUUGAGUCCAUACAGCGCGUUGCCACAGUGCUGGGUAGAGUUGCGGGCAAGUUUUGUGCAUAG